CAAGAUGGGCGAACCUCGCCGGGCAGUAGCUUAGACUCUACCUACAAGACAACACAUACACUAAAUGUUUCCUAACCACAAGUAAAAAUUAAUUGUACAUUUAUUUUAUUUAAGGGAACACAAACUCUAUUUUUGUAACAUGCUGUAUUAGUAGUGCUUCGUGGAAUUUGUACGAUAUUAAAAAGGUGCGAGGCCACACGCGCGAUAUAUAACGGACGAGAAGACGACGGAAAGUACGAAAAAAGAUAGAAAGAUUUUCGCGAUAACUGGAAGAUCUAAGUGCGAAAGAAGAAGAAGAAGAAAAGGAAAACGAAGAGGAGGGAUAAGGAUAAAGGAAGAAGACAGUGUGAUUGGAAAGAUACGCAAACGAAGGAUCUAAGAUAAGGACUUAAGGAAGACAGUGACCGAAGCGACGAGGACAACGAUAAAGGGAACAAUUCCGACGAAGACGGCAACGACGUGGAUAAGAACGAUCGUACCGCAACAGCAGCCACUAUUGGUUGAAAACGACACCGAAAUAGGUGAUAAUCUCGCGUAGUCUCUCCUGCUCGUUGUCUUAGUUCUCGGUGUAGCCUAACUGAUUCUCUCGAUGUGGUGCGUGUUUUAAUAACGAAUUACGACGUGGAGAAAAGUGUUCGACCGAUAAUAGUAGUGAAGUGUAUAAGCCGACACACCCUCUUGACACUCGACAUCCGUCUCAUAUCGCCAUCGGUUCAGGCUCUCUACCCUCUUCUUUCCUCAUCUUUCUCGCUCUUCCUCACUCCAUCCUUUGGCUACAUUUACGUAGUACCGCGUGUACAUUCGGUCAUUGCAACAGAAAGCCGCACACACCACGUCCCUCUUUCUCUUUUUCUCCUCUGUCUCUUCCUUACGUCUCAACCCCUCAGCUCUCGUUUUCUCUUCCCUCUCUCUUUUUUUUCUUUCUCUUUCUCUAUCCAGCUCGUCCUAUCGUUUUUUCUUCUUUCUCUUCUCUUUCUUUUCUGCAAAGUGAUUUAUUGUUGCGCUUUUCGCAUCGGGUUUUGUCGGUAUUAAAACUAUACCGACUGACUUUGACUUUAUUGCUGUCCCUUCGCGUCCAUAACCAUACAUACUGUACUUCGUCCUAGGUUCUACCCCCUCCUCGACAACCCUCCUCGUUCUACGAAGCGUCUCACCCACACUUAUAUUCAUCAUCUCUCUCUUCCUUCCUCACUCUUUUUCUGCCUCCGCUCCACCCCGGUUUAUCGGCCGAUCGGAGUGCAAAUUCGUUUCGUGACCGUGCUGUGUUGGUUCUUUGCUUGCAUCUGACCAGUGUGGAAGAGAUAUCGUAAAUCCGCGGGUGACGCUGCUUUAACGGCCGGGCAACACCAGCCUGAAGAAACCAGCAACGACCUACAAGUACGAAAUAAGAGGAGAGACGAGAGACACACGCAUUACUCGUAAUAAUAGGACAACGGCACAGCGUAUCGUUUCGAGCGGGCGCCACGAGCGAUAAAACCGCUAACAUGUCCGUGAGAAUGGAAAACGUAGCCGCGCCAAGAAAGCUCAACUAUAAAAUGAUGGGUACGAAUGGCCCUAGACCGGCGUACGUGGGUGCUAAUAAUGGUAAUGCCGGUGGCGCCGGGGGUGGCGGUGGUGGUGGAGGCGGCGGCGGCGGCGCUACGGGCGGUGGCAUCGGUGUUGGUCCGGCGAGCGGCGGCGGUGGUGGAGGUGGUGGUGGUGGUGGCGGCGGCGGUGGUGGAGGCGGGCAUGGAUUGAAAGGGAACACCGGCGGCGGACCACGAGGUGGGAACCCCGUGCAGUAUCGCGCGAGCAGUGCAGCGGCUUGGGGCGCAGCGCCGCCCUCUCAUGCGGCUGCGGCUGCGGCUGCGGCGGCGGCUGCCUAUCCACCGUACACGCGGUAUCCAAGCGCAGCGGCUGCAGCUGCGGCGGGCCAGAUGCCUGUCGGAGCACAGCAACUACCGCCUACGGCGAAUCCUUACGCCACCGCCACCUACGCACAGCACGCGUCGUAUGGUGGACAACGGGUACCUACAGCUUCCUCUCCAGCUAACACUAAUAGUAGUUCCAGCAGUGCUACCGGCAGUCGAAGCGGGACAAUGAGCACAAGUCUUAGCAAUAAUGCUAUACAAGGACAACAGGCAGAACAGCUAUCAAAAACAAAUUUGUAUAUUCGUGGCCUCAAUCAAAAUACAACUGACAAGGACCUCGUGAACAUGUGCUCUCAAUAUGGGACUAUCACUUCUACAAAGGCAAUUUUGGAUAAAAAUACGAAUAAAUGUAAAGGUUACGGAUUUGUAGACUUUGAGUCACCAGUGGCGGCAGAGGGUGCUGUGAAAGCACUGGUCGCCAAGGGCAUCCAAGCGCAGAUGGCGAAAGUGGGUAUCUGGUUGCUCCCUAGACUGCCCAGUGUACGUUGGUUGUGCAUGCAACAACAGGAGCAAGACCCCACCAAUUUGUAUAUUGCAAACCUGCCACUGAGCUUCAAAGAAAAUGAUGUUGAGGGUUUACUUGCUCAAUAUGGGCAAGUUAUUUCAACACGUAUAUUACGUGAUACAGCUGGACAAAGUAAAGGUGUUGGAUUUGCAAGAAUGGAAUCUAAAGAAAAAUGUGAACAAAUAAUUCAGAUGUUUAAUGGAAAGGCACUACAAGGUGCUAAAGAUCCUUUACUGGUAAAAUUUGCUGAUGGUGGUAAUAAGAAAAAAUCAUUAUACAAAAGUACAAUAUGGAGAGAAACUGGAGAGAAUAUAACUUUGAAUUACGAUACAAGCGGUGUUGGCCAAAACGGGGUUGCAACUACUCACAUGCUACCUGCAGCCACCUUAACACAAUAUAGUCGUCAUUAUGGUCAAGCUUUACCAGGAUACAGUGUGCCAGGAACGCCCUGGGUGACUCCUUACUUGGUGCAGACUGCCCCUCCACACAUGCAACAGGUCGACAUGAUGCCAUCAGCUGAUCCUAGUAAUCCACAAUACAGUAUGAUUCCUCAACUAACUACACAAAUGUCUACGUUACAUCUUGGCACUGGUUCCUACAUAGCAAGCCCACAUCCCUAUCCUUAUACUACUUAUCCUCCUAGCAUUAUUCAUACCAUGCCACUGGGUGAUUCUGAACAAACAAGUAAUGCAGCAUCUCCUGAUGAUUCUUACCAACAAUACCAAGCUCAGCAGCCCAAGUAGGCUAUGAUUUUUAGGUUUCCGUUUUUUUAACAUUUCAGAUACGAUUACACAGAGGGUUAUGUAAGUUAGGAGAGCCACACCUGUCGUUAUGGAGGACUAUAUUAAUGAAGAGUAGAUAAGGCUAAAUACAUUACAUAAAGUCAGAUAAGAUUCUUCCUCAUGAUAAUUGACUUGCCAGCCAUCUUUUAUACAUUUUAUCCAUCAGAUAAAUAGGUGAAAGUAGUUAAUAUUUUCCAACGAUUAGAGAAUGAAUGUUGUCAUAAGAACGGGGUACGAGUGCUCGUGUCAUCUACAUUGUUCGGCACUAGCACGGCUCCAUACGUUGUAACGCCAACACAUCAUUACGACAGUGACAAAACUGAUAUUCUGCGACGGACAGUUUAGUGUCAAGCUGAUAGGCUUCCAGGAUUAACUUUAGGUAUUACAUUUACUAAGAAAAUGAUAAGUCGAAGCCGAAGGCUUUGAGAGUGUGAAUAAAAUAUUUUAACAAAAACUGUAAACUAUAAAAGAAACGCUGCUCAGAAAUAUACAAAGGAGAAUUCUUCCCAAGAAAUAAUAAUAAUAUACAGAAAAAAGCACUUCCAAAUGCUAGAAUUGAUAAAAAAAAAAAAACAUUCAGAUUCGGUUACUUAUAAUCAGUACCUACCGGACUUUCGUGCCAGCUGGCUGGCCGGUGGCUGGGCUGCGAAGAGAAGGGGUUGUGGAUCAGUAUUUCUUUUUCACAGAAGAUACUGAAGAAAAGAGCUCUUCCUUAACAGCGCACACCACCCCAUCCACUAACUGCACUCUCAUCAUAUUAUUUCUUUUUGUUUUCUUCUGUUUCGUUCAGACAUUCCAAGCCAGGCACAUAUAUUGUAUGUAUGUAUUGCCACGCGGAGAUUUUUAUCUACUUUUACAAGUACAGUUCGCGUUCUCUUUUUAAUCACGGACGAAUAUAUUUUAUGGACGAAAAAGAAGUGAAGAUUUUAAGGGAGAGAGAGAGAGAGAGAAAGAGAGAGAGAGCGAGAGAGCGAAAAAGAUGAAGCUUUAUUUCUAAAAGAAAAAAAAACUUCAGGAUAUAUGUAAUUAUUGUAACAAGAAGGAAAGGAACAUAGUACUUUUUAGAAGAUUUAUAUUUAUGAGUACAGUUACUACGAAUCAAUAUCAGUUUUAAUUGUACAGUGAAUACAGAUAUUUUUUUUAGAAUUGUGCCUUUUCAGACAAAUCCGCUAGACUGGGAUAUGCUGAAAAAUAUUAUAAUAUAUUUUUACGUCGGUAUGUAAAUGCGAAACUUGAGCCAAAUUUUGAUCUUCUAGUUAAGAGAAUAUAAUUGUUUUUACGUUGUAGCCAGUUAAAUAUCACUACGUUUGUUUUUUGGUUAUGAAUUCGAAUAGAUUUUGUAUGUGUAUAGUUGCCACUAACGGGAUUGACGGACCGAAAACAUCUGUACGGUUCGUACGGAGUCUAGGAACAAAAAAAAAUGAUAUGAAAUCAAAUGGCGGAUCAUUGUUAACUGAGACUAAUCCAUACCGCCCCAAAAGAAAAUAAGAGAGAGACAGAAUAGGCUUGUUACAACGGAAUACGAUAGAUAGAGUGUAAAUUAAUUUAUUAUAUCGAACAAACGAAUAAAAUUGCGUUGCAAAUGAAAACGAAAAAGAUAAUGGGACUGGAGUAGAACGAUAGGCGAGAGGAUCGAACGCGAGGAAACAAAAAGAAACGCAAAAUACAGAAUAUAAGUUGAAGAUUUUCUAUCUACGCGGUAUCGAGAGAGAGAGAGAGAGAGAGUGAGAGUGAGAGUGAGAGAAAACGGAGAAGUGAGAGAUUUAAAAACAAAGAAAAAGAAAAAACACCCUCCUCUCCUGCGUUCCUCUAAGCCCGUUUUUACAUCUGGCACAGUUUUCACGUUGUCUGACUUAGGUCGAGUCGAGGAACGAUUAGCAGAAAGCUUUCUACCAAAUAUUACGAGCUCCGGGCUCGAAGUGGCGGGCAGGUAGUUAGAUAGAGUUAGAGGCGAUCGUAGCUAUUAUUAUAAUAUUACAAUAAUAUGCUGUAUUAUUAUAAUUAAUGAUUACUAUUAUUGACGUCAUCUAAAGUAUGAAAGAUUUUUACACUGUUGAGACUUGAAGUAAAUAAUAUAUUUAGUUUAUUUUGGUACAUCACGAUUUGAUGACAAGAGAUAAAAGAUGAAAAAAGUGGUAUGAACUAUUUUUUAAGAGACCGAUUAUUACUCGAUUUGAGUCCACGCAUUAAGGGAGAUAAAAAAAAAGAAUAA